UCCGAUACGGUUUCAUGGAUCAUACUUAUUUUUCCUUUUAUUCUCGCCCUGCGUGAACCACGCCAACCAGCCGAUGCCGGAUUAUAUGUGGUAAUCACCGAACUAGGCAGCCGGCAGUGUCAAUGUUCGAACCUCCAAAUUCCCAUGGACAGCUGAUAGCAUAGCAACGUGAGGUCGCGGGUUCGAACACUGCGGUCAUCACUUACAAGUUAUUGUCAAAUGUAGUCAACAAACAUGUUCUUCCCCCUUUCGAUGCAGGCAAUCGUACGGGGUCUCCUCAGAAGAUUUAGAUCCACAGACGGCAGCGAAGUGGCGGCCGGAACGAGGGGAAUUUCUACGGCGGCCGAGUUUAACUCUGAAGCAAACACUUCCUCUCUCUCGCCUGCUUUCACUCCAGAAAAAGAGUAUAGCUCAAUUAUUGCCCUUUUAAUCUCCCUUUUUUUCCUCCCCGGGUUCUGCUGGUCCGUGAUUUGGGUGAAAUCGUCCUCCAGACGGCGUUUGUUCUUGCGGCCGAAAUUCCGUUUCCUAAUUCGUUCGGUUUUCCUUCAGUCCGGUGCCACGACUACGAUCAAGUUGGCUUCCGCGCUCUUUGACGAAGUUGUGAACUUUCGACCCUUUAGAGCACUUCGCCGCGGCCGCCUCCUGCUGCGGCUACAGAUCUUUGGUAAGUGGUGCUUUCUUGCCCUUUUGGUCUUCAGCUCCCUCCAUUUCUCUCGCAACAGAACAAUUCUAGGUUUUCGAUUCCAAGUUCUGCCGCCGCUCCCUUCCCCUGUUUACUCUGUUUCUGGGGUAUGAGUGUUUAGAAUUGAAUUGCCCUGUUCCAAAUUCAUAAUUAUGAUCAGUGUCUGUUCUAUGAGGUGCGCCACUUUACAUUGGAGGGUUGUAAAUUGCUGUUGUGUUCAGCAUUCAUUUAGUAUUCUUCAAGGUAAGCUUCAAGCGAUGCUUUUUUUGUUAUUUUGGGUUCCCAAUUCACUCUGGAACUAAUUUCUCUGAAUAUCUUUCAAGAUGGGGUGGCGCUGAUUUUGAAAAAAGAAUGUUUAUGUUAGAAAAUUAUGAAACGGAAGACAUAUAAUGUUUGACGGAACAUCACUGCUCAAAAAGUUUCAUGGAUGGCUGAGUCAUGAGAGGAACUUCUGCUUCAUUCUGAUUGCUUCUACGUGAAUAGCUCUGUCGGAUUUCGACUUAAUUCCUUUUAUUGUGUCUUCUUCGUUGAUCGCACUGCCUUUACUGCUGUGCUGUGUGGGAAUUCAGUUGGCUACCACAGUUUUCCGACAAAUAGGACUGUAGUGUUUUCCCCAUAUAAGUUCUCCUAUGACCCUCUCCAUAAAUCCAUUUGAAUUACAACUAGUUUCUUUAUGCGAAUCAGAUACUAACUUAAGCUUUAAAAUGGCGAUAAUCUCUUUUUUAUAUUGUUUUGUAGAUCCCGAUCAAGAUCUUUAAAUGAUUGUGGAGUGGACCUAGAAUUGGGAUUCCGGCAUUCCGCAUCCUCUGAGCUAGGCAAUUGCUAAUCAGUAUAAAAGCUAAGGAGUGAAACGAAGAGAAAAGAGAACAAGGAUAGUUGAAGGGCAAAGGCAAAGAAUUUUUUGGUGACCGUCCGGCGUGGCUGUUCUCAGUCUUGAUUUGUUGAGCCACUAGCCAAUAAAGUCACCACACAUUGGUGCUUACCUCAAUGAGGGAAAUCAAGCCCUUAUCAGAACCUAGAUGUUCUACUGCCACAUUCUUCAAGAAUCCCAAAGCCAUCAUUGCCCUUGCUUUACUUCUCUUUGAUGCUGUGCUCACUGCUGUCAUCAUCACCUAUGUUCCUUAUACGAAGAUUGACUGGGAUGCAUACAUGUCACAGGUAACCGGGUUUCUUGAAGGAGAGAAGGAUUACAGCAAGCUAGAAGGUGACACAGGGCCACUAGUUUACCCUGCUGGGUUCCUCUAUGUUUAUUCUGCUAUUCAGUAUGUCACUGGAGGACAGGUCUUUGCCGCUCAGAUUCUGUUUGGUGCCUUGUACAUCGUGAACCUUGCUAUCAUCUUAUUCAUCUAUGUAAAGGCAGAUGUGCUCCCUUGGUGGGCACUUGUCUUGCUUUCUCUAUCGAAAAGGAUCCACUCUAUCUUCGUCCUUCGUCUCUUCAAUGAUUGUUUUGCAAUGACACUGCUGCAUGCUGCUAUGGCCUUACUUCUUUACCAACAGUGGCAUCUUGGACUGAUCCUUUUCAGUGGGGCUGUUUCUGUAAAGAUGAAUGUUUUGCUCUAUGCUCCUCCAUUGCUGCUCCUUAUGUUAAAGUCAAUAGAUGUCCGCCGGGUGAUAUCUGCUUUAGCUGGAGCAGCAUUUUUACAGAUCCUGUUGGGGCUCCCAUUUUUACUUUCACAUCCAGCUGCUUAUAUAUCCAGAGCCUUCAAUCUUGGUCGCGUUUUCAUCCACUUCUGGUCUGUUAACUUCAAAUUCAUUCCUGAACCAAUCUUUGUGUCAAAGCAAUUGGCAAUCUCUUUGCUGAUUGUUCACCUUGUAUUACUCGCAGUUUUUGCCCACUACCGAUGGUGCAAGUUUGAAGGAGGACUGCUGAGAUUGUUGCGUUCCAGAGUUUUGUCUUUUUCUGGUACCAAGAGUUCGCCAAUGAAGAUAAAGGAAGAACACAUCGUGACAACUAUGUUUGUUGGCAACUUCAUUGGCAUUGUAUGUGCCCGCUCAUUGCAUUAUCAAUUCUACUCUUGGUACUUCUUCAGCAUUCCUCAUCUACUAUGGACAACGAGGUAUCCCACAAUUGUGCGUUUGGUGCUGUUUAUAGGCGUAGAGCUCUGUUGGAAUAUCUACCCAUCCACCAUUGUUUCGUCAGCUCUGCUUUUGUUUCUCCACCUAGUAAUCCUUUGGGGUCUAUGGUCAGCACCACCAGAGUAUCCUUAUAGAGAUGAGACACUCUCAACACAAGAGAAAGACAAAUGAAGAAGUGGGAUUGACAUAGUUGAAUGUUAUGAGCUAUUAUGUUAGUAUUUUGUUGUUGCUAAUUUAGACAUUUAGAUGCGAAACAAUGAUUGUUAGUCUCUGAUCAGUGAACCUUCCCCUUGUGAUUGUACAAUGGGUAAAUCAUCUUGGCGCCAAGUUGCCUUGUGCCUGUUCCUUAAUAUGCAUUAUGGUAAAACUCUAUCGGUUAUCAUAAUUAUUAUUGUCUUAAAAAAUAUAAAAGCAGUUUUAGUUUUCACCCCCUGCCACGUACCCCCAACUAAAACGAGAGGCUGUCCACGUCAGCAUUUAUCUCCACCGCGUCUUUACCUUUUCCCCUUUUGUUUCUGUUUUCUUCGGAUGCCCAGGAAAUUCCAACCGCCUACAAUCUUCUUCUUCCUACAUCUGCCAACGCCAAGGAUAGCAUGUAGCAUGUAUCUCCACCGUGUUUUGCAGCAUAUUCAGACUUUACAGGCCACUGAGUAAAGACCCCAAAAUCACUGGCUGGCGAUUGGCGUUCUCAUAUACUAACGCCCUCAAUCAUCGUGGUUCUCCAGGCCAGUUGUUGCGCCGCCAAUCCUCCUCCCUGCGACCGCCAUCUAUUCAACUAGCACUGCGAUUUUAACGCCUCUACCUCUCACCGCCCCAGACAUCCCCCAGGUUAUUUUAAUUUCAUGCCGACACCUGAUUUUUUAUUCAAGUUCGCCACCCACUCUAUUUCCUGCAUUACACCAUAUAUAUGCUGAAUCGAUUUCAAUUUCCCUUCAGUGACCCUUACUCCGCCCCGCCAUUCAAUCUUCUAACGUUUUCUUCAAAACCACCAACAACUAUCACCUCAUCGGGUCUUCAAUCUCACCAAGUAUGGUCUUGAGGCAAAGGCGCUCAGAUUGUUGCGAUCAACACGGCCGUUGGCGACACAUCAGCGGCAUGCAGAGCGACCGAAUGUCGGUAAUGAAGCGACCAAGGAGCAACCGGUAGAACAUGUGUCGACUGAGGCAUAAGAGAAGAAAUUGUGAUUCAAAGAAAUAGAAUCGGACGAUAGAGAUGUUCUCACGGAAAAGGGUUCGCGGCAAACAGGGUUCUGGUGGUAAUGGUUACCGAAAUCAGAAGGGUGUAUGUAGAAAACAGAGGACGCAGCGAAGAGCUGGUGGAUUUUAGUACAACAUGGACAUAAGAUUCAAAGACACGAGUCGAGACGGGUCAGUGGGUCUUCCGGGUCAAGCUUUCACCUACUGAGAAGAGUUUAAAUCGCAUCACAUUUUGGACAGGACGGGUCGGGACGGGUCUUCCGGGUCAAGCUUUCAACUAUUGAGAAGAGUUUAAAUCGCAUCACACUUUGGAGAAGGAGGAAAGAUCGGAGUGGAAUAAUAUAACAGGCAGUUUCGAAUUUCGAGAUUUGUUCGAAUUUCGAAUUUCAAUAAUUUGAAUAAUGAGGAUGGGAAAAACCUCCAGAAGGCUCGGUGAAUAAAGGGGAAUAGGCAGA